AUGAACAUUUUAAUUUUACUGUUCAUUGGAUUUUCAUUAUCAAAACAAUGUAAUGACUAUAAACAAGGGUAUGAAAUAGAUACAGUUGAUAGUGCAUUUGAAUGUAUUGAAUCAAUUAAAACAACAGAAAAAGAAAACAGUGAUAUUAUUAAUGGAUUAAAAUAUUAUUUAGAAUCAUAUGUUUUUAAAGAUAUAUUAAAGAAUCCACCACAACCAGCAUUCUCAGAUGAUUAUUAUAAUAAAAUUGAUAUUGAUGCAGAAUUAAAUAAAAUAAACACACAAACAACAAGUAUGUAUGAUUUCUAUUCUCAAAUUAAAAACUUUAUUGUUUCAACAAGAGAUUCUCAUUUAAGUUUUGGUAUGGAUUAUACUGUUUAUAAACCAAAUUUAAUCCUAAAGGUAUUAGGCAGUUUCCUUCCAUUUUCAAUAUAUAUUAAUGAUGAUAAGAAAAUGCAUUUACAUCAAAGAAGCACGACUGGUGGUAUUUCUGUUGAUGUUCCACAAGAAGUGAUUAAUAAUGAAAAUGUAGCAGUUAAAACAAUUAAUGGAGAAGAUCCAUUUGAUAUUAUUCGGAAAUUUGGAAAGAAAUACAUAGGAUUUAACUCUCCACAUGCACAAUUUGAAAAAGCAUGUUCAACAUUUGUUUUUGCCAUAUUAGAAGAAAUACCAUUAACAAAAGAAUAUUUAAAUACACCAAUAACUAUUAUAUGGGAAAAUGAAGAAAGUGUAAGUGUUACAUAUUCUAUAUUAAAGCUACCACUAUCGAGUAUAACAAUGAAAAGAUCACUUCAAGUGAAGUAA